AUGAUCCAAACACGUGGGAACCAAGUUCCCAGCUUUGGCAAAACCCAACAAUCACUAGUCGAGAGCAUACGAGUUAACCGUAAAAUAUUAGCACCAUGCGAGCAUCAAAAUCUCAAAGCUGCCCAAACCCUCGCGCCGCACGACACUCACGUCGUGACAGAUCUCAGCCUCACGGCGAGCCCAACGUCACGUCUGCAUCAUGACGACAGAGUUAGUGCCGAACCAGAUCGCUGCACCGCGUUGACCCUCAACGAACUGUCAGAUACAUCUUCCUCCUCCGUUGCCAUUCUAGACCUACCUUCUGAACCAUUAGCCGAAACCCUUGCUUUUGAGCUUUUAGAUGAACCCGGGGCAAAUGAGGAUUGGGAGUCGGAACCAUUCGAUUUUCUCAUCGAUGGAGAGCUGGUCCGGAUGUCGCUUGAAGAGUUUCUUCUUGCUAAAGGCAUUUCUGCUGAAAAAGUACUUGAGAUUGAAUAUUUUAAAGCUGUAGCUCCAAGGAAGGAAGACGAACCUUCUUUGCAUGAUGACUGGGUUAGUGCAGUUGACGGUUCCAAUGACGGGUAUAUAUUGACAGGAUCCUAUGAUGGUUUCGUAAGAAUAUGGAGAGCUGCUGGGGUAUGUACCCAUGAACUAGACGGACAUUCUGGCCCAGUUACUUCUGUUUGUAAUGUGACACCAAAGGACAAUUUUUUCUCAACAGCUGUGAGUGGCACUGAUCGGAUUGUUGCUUCUGCUUCUAAAGACAGGACAUUAAGAUUGUGGAAUUUUGCUGCAGAGGAAUCACUUGAUCAACCAAAGAAGAUUAGAGCCUUUAAGAUAUUGAGGGGUCAUACGGCUGCUGUUCAGACCAUUGCAGCGGAGCCUUCUGGUGAUAUGGUAUGUUCCGGCUCAUGGGAUUGUACUGUCAACUUGUGGAAUGUAAAUGCUUCCGAAUCCAAUGGCGGUUCAGUUUCUGUGAAGAAGAGGAAAACGAAUGGUGAAGAUGAGGAGCUUCAGUCUGAGGGAGAGGCUAUAACAACAUUGGUGGGGCAUACACAAUGUGUAUCUUCUGUUGUCUGGCCCGAACGUGGAACAAUUUAUUCAGCAUCGUGGGACCAUUCUAUCAGAAAGUGGGAUGCCGAGAUAGGCAAAGAUUCAUUAAGCAUGUUCUGUGGCAAGGUCAUCAGUUGUCUAGAUAUUGGAGGUGAAAGUUCAGCCCUUGUUGCAGCUGGUGGUUCUGAUCCCGUUAUCCGAAUAUGGGAUCCUCGAAAGCCAGGAACUUUGUCUCCUAUAUUCCACUUUUCUUCUCAUAAUUCUUGGAUAUCUUCUUGCAAAUGGCACCCUAAAUCUUGGUUCCACUUGGUCUCUGCAUCAUAUGAUGGAAAAGUGAUGCUGUGGGAUCUGAGAACUGCGUGGCCACUGGCUGUGAUAGACACACACAAGGACAAGGUUUUUAGUGCUGACUGGUGGAGACACGAUAGCGUUAUUAGUGGUGGUGCUGACUCGAAGCUUCGCAUUUCUUCUGGAAUAUCAGUGAUGUGAUUGAAGGAUUGUACGAGAUCUUUGCUGGUGGUUGAUGGAAUCUAGCACGUUAUAUAAGUAUAUUCCCCUAAAGGGUUAAUAUAGCUGUAUAAUACUGCGAACUUGCAACAUGAAUGAUCCCUGUUCCCUUAGUGUUUGCCAAAACGUUAUGACCUCAGAAAUCCAAAUGCCAAGAGAAUUGAGGCUCAAAGUCGAAACAUUGAAGCUGGAUCAUAAUUGGCUGGCGCUUAAAGCUGAAAGCAUCUAUGAGCUUCUCACAAUUGGGGUGUGGUUUUAUUAUUUCAAACAAUGAAUUAAUUAUAUGAGCAUUCAACUUUGGAUUCCCAUAAAUAUUUUCGCUAUAUUUUUGACUUUGUUAAAGAAAAUUGAUUGUCUUGCAAUGUAGGCAGCGAACUCUUUGGUUUGACAUUAAUUUUCUUGAAACAAACAGGACAUUUGUUGAUGCCCUAGAUAUUUCUAGUUACUGACGAUUGGUCCUGUCGGAUUUAGCUAGAUUUGCAUGAGAAAGGUUCUCUAUUUUUUGUUUUCUAUAUUUAAUUUUUUGGACUUUGUGAAUGAGUAGAUUACGUAAACCAUAGAUUAUUUGAUUAUUUGAUUACAAA